CUGCUUUUUGUGUAGCCAUGAGCGAUCGUCGCAACAACAACCGCGCUUCCGGCAGCAGCAACGCUCGGCUCAACCCCGACGAUGCCGCCAUGGUCUUCGAGACCUCGUCUGGCGUCGACAUUGUGACUGACUUUGCCCAGAUGAACCUCAAGCCCGAGCUGCUCCAGGGCAUCUAUGCAUAUGGCUUCGAGCAACCGUCCGCCAUCCAGCAGCGCGCCAUCCGCCCCAUUCUCAAGGGCCGCGACGUCAUUGCUCAAGCUCAGUCCGGCACCGGUAAAACGGCCACCUUCUCCAUCUCGGCCUUGAACUGUGUCGAGCCUGCCACCCGCGAAACGCAGGCACUGGUGCUCUCGCCAACGCGCGAAUUGGCACAGCAAAUCCAAAAGGUUGUGCUUGCGCUGGGCGACUAUAUGGGCGUGCAGUGCCACGCUUGCAUCGGUGGCGUCAGUGUUGCAGAAGACAUCAAGAAGCUCGACUAUGGCCAACACGUUGUCUCGGGCACCCCCGGCCGUGUGUUUGACAUGAUCAAGCGCCGCCACUUGCGCACACGCAACAUCAAGAUGCUCAUUCUCGAUGAGGCGGACGAGAUGCUGUCGCGCGGCUUCAAGGAGCAAAUCUACGACAUUUACCGAUACUUGCCCCCGACCACCCAAGUGGUCAUUGUCAGUGCCACCCUCCCGCACGAAGUGCUCGAGAUUACCACCAAGUUCAUGACCGACCCCAUCCGCAUCCUCGUCAAGCGCGAUGAGUUGACCCUCGAAGGCAUCAAGCAGUUCUUCAUUUCGGUCGAGCGGGAAGAGUGGAAGUUUGACACGCUCUGCGACUUGUACGACACACUCAUUAUUACCCAAGCGGUCAUUUUCUGCAACACGCGUCGCAAGGUCGAAUUCCUUGCAGAGGAGAUGGCCAAGGCCAACUUUACCGUGUCGCACAUGCACGGUGAAAUGGACCAGAAGGAGCGUGACACAAUCAUGAAGCAAUUCCGCUCUGGUGCCACCCGUGUGCUCAUUACCACCGACCUGUGGGCUCGUGGUAUUGAUGUGCAGCAAGUCUCGCUUGUCAUCAACUAUGAUUUGCCAAUCAACCGUGAAAACUACAUUCACCGAAUUGGUCGCUCGGGCCGCUUUGGCCGAUCUGGUGUUGCCAUCAACUUUGUCACCAACGACGACGUCCGAACCCUCCGCGACAUUGAGCAGUAUUAUGCAACCCAAAUCGAGGAAAUGCCAAUGAAUGUCAACGAUAUGCUGACCAACAACUAAAACAACAACAAAACAUCAGUCGUUCCACGCCAAUCGUUUUUUUUUUUGCAUUUUCUGUCUGUGAUUGUUUCUGUAACCAAAAGAACAAACCAAAAAUCCCAACAAUCGCAACAAUUCAC